CACCUGGCAGGGGGCCGAAUUUCACUACAGCCCCCACCGAGUGGAUGGAUAUCCAAGGGCUGAAUCAGAUGAUUGGCGACUAUACUUCAGACACUCUAUAGCUGACACGCCGGAACAAUUGUCGGGAAAUUGUCCCAGAGAAACAUAAAAGAUGAUCAUUGUCCCGGUGCAGUAGUUAUUCCAUGCAGGCCUUGCCCCCUUGACACAAUGCUCGCUCAAGUCCUUACUGCAUUAUCUGCUAGCAUACCUCUCGUUGCUGCAGGCACGCUCUUUGCGUCUGACUUCUCGUCAUCUUCGACGGCUCCAUUCUCUCUAUGCAACUACAAAUCUCCUUCCACGGGGACUAUCGCAAACCAGGAACUUCAUCUUUACUUUGACGAGUCAGGCUACGAUGGUACUCGGGACGAUAGGGGUGUCGAAAUCUGCCGCUUUAACAGCGGGACCAACACCAACACGGCGCAGAUGACCAAAGAGGGCUGGCAGGGGUUUAACCUAUAUGUCCCGGCCAAUGGUUUCCCUUCUGACAAGAGUACAAUCAUCGCGCAGCAGUUUUGUCCCGCGGGCUGCAUCUCUUGGUGUGGCACUCUAGAGAUUGCCGGGAACGCACUUGUUGUCAACCAUCGGUCUGGGUGUGGCGGUGCAACCACUGUCACUAUUCUCGACAACGUCCCGCGAAACAAAUGGCACGCUGUUGUUAUUCGGAUGAGGGUUUCGGCAGCAUAUGAUGGUGCCUAUGAAGUAUGGUGGGAUGGGGCUAAGAUAUAUUCUGCGACGGGCAUUAAUGUUGGCUUUGGCACAUGGAAUGGUAAUGAUGGGGUUGAAGAGGGUUGGUAUUUCAAGAAUGGGAUGUAUGCUUUUGACUAUGCAGACUACAACGAUGCCACCCGAACCCUCUAUUUCGACAAUAUAAGAUGGUACCAGGCAGACAGUGGCGAAAGUGAUGGAUAUGACACCGUUGCUCCUACUAGUUAUUCUGAAAAGUUCUAAAAAGCGAUGCCAUGCUAGACGAGCUUACUCGCACGGACAGU